CCAUCAGAACUGACAGCAGAGUGUACGCUAUCAUUUGGAAACUGCUUGUGGGACUGAUAAAAAAAAAUGAAAGCUCCCAUUCCUCUUCUGAUCCUGCUUCAUGCUGUUGUGGUCCAUUGCCUGAAAGUGGUGUCGAAGCGAGGCUCAGUGGAAGGCUGCACAGAUUGGUCAGUGGACUACCUGAAAUACAAAGUGCUUCUGGGGGAACCUGUACGGAUUAAGUGCGCUUUAUUCUAUGGAUAUAUCCGGGCCAACUACACCCAUGCGCAGAGCACAGGACUUAGCCUUAUGUGGUACAAAAGCGCGGGCCACGGGGACUUCGAGGAACCAAUCAGUUUCGACGGCACAAGGAUGAGCAAAGAAGAGGACGCCAUAUGGUUCCGACCGGCAGAGUUGGACGAUGUGGGAUACUAUUCCUGCGUUUUAAGGAACUCCACAUACUGCAUGAAGGUGUCCAUGUCUCUCACGGUGGCGGAGAAUGACACGGACCUCUGCUACAACUCCAAAAUGAGGUUCUUUGAGAAGGCGGAACUAAGCAAAAGCAAAGACAUCACCUGCCCGGGCAUUGAGGAUUAUAUACAGCCAGGAGUGGAGCCUGAAAUCGUGUGGUACAAGGAAUGCAAGCCAAAGCAGUGGAGACAAACCAUAGAAAGGAGGAGGGACACGCUGUCCAUCAAGGAAGUACGGGAAGAUGACAUUGGGAAUUACACCUGUGAACUGCCGUUUGGGAACUUUGUGGUACGAAGGACGACUGAGCUGUCCGUCACAGCUCCCCUGACAGACAAGCCGCCAAAAAUCCUUUUCCCUUCAGAGAACCAAAUGAGCAUCAUAGAGAUGGCAAUAG